ACAUGAGACAGUUGUUAGUUUUAUUGGUGCUUGUCGGGAUUGGCCAUUCCGCUGCCAAGUUGAAUCGCGUCCAGCUCCACGUGAACAAGAACUUCACCAAGACCCAUGGCAGUGUUAGGGCCGAGAAGACCGUGCUGGCCUCGAAGUACUCCUUUUUGGCGGAGAACUCUUUCAGUGCCAGUUCCUCGAGUGCCACCGAAAACCUGCACAAUUCCAUGAACAAUGAGUACUACGGCGUGAUUGCCAUCGGAACCCCAAAGCAGAGAUUCAACAUUCUGUUCGACACGGGAUCCGCCAAUCUUUGGGUUCCAAGUGCCAGUUGCCCGGCUUCGAAUACCGCCUGCCAGAGGCACAACAAGUACAACUCGGCGGCAUCCAGCACGUAUGUGGCCAAUGGUGAGGAGUUUGCCAUCGAAUAUGGAACCGGCAGUCUGUCGGGUUUCCUGUCCACCGACACUGUGACCAUAGCGGGAAUCAGCAUCCAGGAUCAGACAUUCGGCGAAGCACUCAGCGAGCCGGGUACAACCUUCGUGGAUGCCCCCUUUGCUGGAAUCCUGGGACUGGCCUUCAGCGCGAUCGCUGUGGAUGGAGUGACUCCGCCGUUCGACAACAUGAUCUCCCAGAGACUGCUCGAUGAGCCCGUUAUCUCCUUCUAUCUCAAGCGACAAGGAACCGCUGUGCGCGGCGGAGAACUGAUCCUGGGCGGUAUUGACUCGAGUCUCUAUAGGGGAAGCCUCACCUAUGUGCCCGUUUCCGUUCCUGCCUACUGGCAGUUCACGGUGAACACCAUCAAGACGAAUGGCAUUUUGCUGUGCAACGGAUGCCAGGCCAUCGCCGAUACGGGCACCUCCUUGAUCGCAGUUCCACUGGACGCCUAUACGAAGAUCAAUCGCCAGCUGGGCGCCACUGAUAAUGGCGGCGGUGAGGCAUUCGUGCGGUGCGGUCGAGUCUCAGCCCUGCCCAAGGUCAACCUGAAUAUCGGUGGCACUGUCUUCACCCUGGCACCCAGGGAUUACAUUGUCAAGGUGACGCAGUAUGGACAAACCUACUGCAUGUCCGCCUUCACCUACAUGGAGGGUCUAAGCUUCUGGAUUCUGGGUGAUGUCUUCAUUGGCAAGUUCUACACGGUGUUCGACAAGGGCAACGAAAGGAUUGGUUUCGCCAGGGUGGCGGAUUAUUAA